CUGAUGGGUCGCGGGCGGCUCUAGCGGACAGACAACGCGGCCUUCUGAGCUUUUCUGUUUCUCUGCUCCCGGUCUGUGGUCCUCAGCUCGACCAUGGCUCCCAAAGGCGGUUCCAAGCAGCAGUCGGAGGAGGACCUGCUCCUUCAGGAUUUCAGCCGUAACCUGUCGGCCAAAUCGUCGGCGCUGUUCUUCGGGAACGCGUUCAUCGUGUCUGCCAUUCCCAUCUGGUUGUACUGGAGGGUAUGGCAUAUGGAUCUAAUCCAGUCCGCUGUUCUCUACAGUGUGAUGACGUUAGUAAGCACUUACCUGGUAGCCUUCGCGUACAAGAAUGUAAAAUUUGUUCUCAAGCACAAAGUCGCACAGAAGAGGGAGGAUGCUGUUUCCAGAGAAGUGACUCGGAAACUUUCUGAAGCUGAUAAUAGAAAGAUGUCCCGGAAGGAGAAAGACGAAAGGAUCCUGUGGAAGAAGAACGAAGUUGCCGAUUACGAAGCCACCACCUUCUCCAUCUUCUAUAACAACACUCUGUUCCUGGUUCUGGUCAUUGUUGCUUCCUUCUUUAUAUUGAAGAACUUCAACCCCACAGUGAACUACAUUUUGUCCAUCAGUGCUUCAUCUGGACUCAUCGCCCUCCUGUCUACUGGCUCCAAAUAGACCGCUUAUGAAGCUUGGCCCUGCCUUUGUCUCUAGGGGUGGCCUGUGGUAUACAGGAAAGCAUCAGGGUGGCCACGUUGGGAGACACAUACGAUGUUUUUAAUAGUCUGGAGUUUGAGGGUUUAAAAAUGCAGUAGAAUGUAAUUCAGUGUUUGUUUAUUGGCUCUUUUUGACAGAUUGUUGAAAUUAAAUGAAUUGAAAGGGAAACUCAGAGUUCCAGGGCAUUUAUUAAAAGGCAAGAAGUCUUGCAAUGUGCUCUAAUCACGAGGAGAAAAAUAACUUGUUUCCUACAUCUGUCAGAGGUCAUGGUAACCUGGACUGAGCUGUUAUUAUUUAUAAUAGGAGGAAGAAGUUAAUAACUGGUUCUCUGUGUUCCAAGUACAAUAUUACAACUUUUUGAACUGUAAAUCUUAGAGUGAAUCCUCUUCCUAAGGGAUUAAACAGAAGCCUCAUUUUUUUUUUUUUAAACAAGGCUCCAAAUUUGUAAUUUAUAAUAACUCAAAGUUAAAAACAUGGCCUCUCCAAUUUGAGGGAGGGAAACUUGUAGAUUUUUUUAAAAGGCAGCCAAGGUAGUAACCUAAAAAUAGUCCCCAGGCCUAUGAGUGUUGGCCUGCGAGGCUAAAGCACACACUGUUCAGCUGUAUGGCUUGGCCCUGGGUGGCCGGGGAGGUCAGCUUGACCCUGCCAUGUUGGUUUGAUGUGUGAAGUCACUGGGAUCAUUGUUUCUGUGACCAGGCUCUCAGCACCACUGGCAGCGUAUUGAGGGAGACAGCAUUUCUGUCUUGAUUAUUGACACACUAGAGACCAAAAGAACUUCUGUGAACUUAGCCCUGGAAUUCUUUGAGCUGUCCAAGUUUACAGUGGUUUAAGAUGGUUGUCAGCAUUUUUCCAUGAGGGCUUUAAUACAUUUAGCCCCUUUUGCUCAAGGUUCCUUUUGAUUGUGAAAUGCUGAUCACAUUAAUUUUUCGGGGGUCUAGCUAAGAGCAGCCUCAUGUUGAGUGGUCAUCCCCCCAUGUUUCCCCCCCUCCCAUUAUGUACAGAUUCUGUCUUUGUGUGCUAUGACUUCACAGUUGGGAAAAUGCAACACCACGAGCACUGAUUUCAUAUUCCUAUUUGCUGUUUACCACACACAGGAACUUUCUGUAAAGGGUACCUCAAAGGGAAAUAUUACUAAUAUCUAGUUUCUGCUUGUAAACUUAAGAGGAACAUAUGACUAUUUCUAACUGUAAAGAUAUUUACAGAUUAGAGGUAUUUCUGUGCUGGUGGACGUCUCUAUGGUCUGUGCUGAGACCUUAGGGAGCUCAGUUGGCAUGCCCUUGUGUAGUCACGCUACUCCUCACUGUGCAUUCAGAGUCACGUUAUCUAAGUAUUGAGUUCUGUUCAGUGAUACGCUGGUGUCUGAGUGACAUUCCAGGUGAUGUGGAAUGGAUAGGGAAAUGAGAAGAGAUCGAAAGCAAAGUACAUUUCAAUAACACGUAUGAGGUAGUCUGUUUGUUUUAUUUUAAUCAGUAUUUGGCUGGUAACUGUACCAGUUCAUUUAUUUAAUAAAAUGAUAAUUUGAUACACCAUCAAGUUGUUACCAGAAAUGAACCAAACACUUUCUAAGUGACUGCUGUGAACUUGCCACUAGGUGGCGGUGCCUGUGUAGAUGAGGAAAAAGUCACCACCAAUAUUGGACAGUAUGCUCAGCAGCUCAAGAGUAGUAAAAUAGGGAUGCCAGCUUCAAAUUUUUCAUUUUAAUUAGUAACCAAAAGUUUGUUGGGAGAGUGAUUAUGCAGUUUUCUUCUGUCUUGAAUGUUUCCUGUGGCUGUCUUUGCUUUUAACUCUCAAAAUAUCCUCUAGCUCUGUGCUGCCAACUUUCUGUGUGCGAAUUUAUGCAGCCAUAUCAUUAGCAUCCUUUACGGAAUCAGUGUGUCAGUCCUUUGUACUUACAAGUGUGGGCCCUCUUCUCUGACCUCUUCCCCACCACUGCAUGUCGCACAUAGGCUUAGGAGGUGUCAGUAAGACAUAGAAAGUGAAAUCCUGUGGCAGGGUUUGUACCGUAGAAAGAACCCAUGCAUCACACCAGUAAAGUAGGACAGUCACAGUGCUCACAUUCUUUUUUUCUCUUAUGUGUGAUAGGUAGAAUUUUAGUGUUAAGAAUUUUUAUUUCAUGAUUUACUCAUUUAUAACAUAAUAGAAGUCUUGGAUUUAAAUAUACAACUUGUCCUGUUUGGUAUAUUGUUUUAAUUUGGAAAGGAUAAUUUGAAGUUAACUGAAAUAAUGGAAGUUGAAUUUAUACUCUGCAUUUUUAAAAAAAGUUUUGUUAUUAAUAAGUAUGAUUAAACCUUGUUUUUAAAACCA